UCCUGUGCAGGAGCUUGCGGCCUAAAUUUCUCUGUGCCAGAGCCAGGCUCUCAGGCGGCCAGGCCCCGUGUACCGUUUGCUGAGUGUCUGCGCAGUUUGCGAACUGGGUCUGUUACUAUAGCGACACAAAUGAAGCUAGGAUGGUGAACUGGCUAGUUUUAUGUCAACUUGAUACAAGCUAAAAUCAUCAGAGAAGAAGGAUCCUCAAUUGAGAAAAAUGUCUACAUAAGGUGAGGACUGUGUCACUCACUGUAAGAGGUACCCAGAUGAAAUGGGACUAAGGAGCUAAAGAUACCAGGAUCCAGGAUUUGAGAAGCUCAGCUGCAUGAGGGAACUUGGCAGAAUGGCUGAGACCUGCAAAGUGAAAUACACAGUGUUGGACAGCCCUUUGGGGAAGAUGGAGCUGUCUGGCUGUGAGCGAGGCCUGCAUGGGAUCCGGUUUCUCAGCGGGAAGACCCCAAACACUGAUCCCACAGAGGCCCCAGCUACUCCUGAGGUGCUCGGUGGGCCAGAGGGAGUGCCAGAGCCCCUGGUGCAGUGCACAGCCUGGCUGGAAGCCUAUUUCCGUGAACCUGCAGCCACGGAGGGGCUUCCCUUGCCUGCUCUCCAUCACCCUGUGUUCCAGCAAGAUUCAUUCACCAGACAGGUGUUAUGGAAGCUGCUGAAGGUUGUGAAAUUCGGAGAAAUGGUUUCUUACCAGCAAUUAGCAGCCCUGGCAGGCAACCCCAAAGCGGCUCGUGCAGUAGGAGGGGCAAUGAGAAGCAAUCCAGUCCCCAUCCUCAUCCCCUGCCACAGGGUGGUUCGCAGUGAUGGCACCAUCGGCAAUUACUCUGGAGGAGGGCAGGCUGUGAAAGAGUGGCUUCUGGCCCACGAGGGCAUACCGACUGGACAGCCAGCCUCCAAGAACUUGAGUCUGACUGAGACCUUGCUCAACCCAUCCUUCGAGUCUACCAGCUCCAAGCCGUGUGGCCGAAACUGAGUAACCGUUUGAAUGACACAUAAAUGUAACACAGUGUUGGAAGCGGAUGUGUGGUGGUACCACUAUAUUAAAAGAGCUACAUGUGUCCUGAG